GUUAAUAUUGAAUUCUGUGGUGAAUCAUCUAUUAAUUUUCAAUCUUUUUCUUGUAUCUAGUUAAAUCAUUUACUAAUUAUCGGUCUUCAAUCAUAAUUACAAUCAUGGAUUCUUUGGAUGCUCUCGAGAAAUUUGAGAGCAACGAAAAAGAGAGAGAGUUUACAGAUGAAGAAAACGACAGUGGCGAUGAAGCAGAAAGGCAUAAUAAUCUUCUUAACUCGCUGGGUAUCGAAUCCAAAAGUGACGAGAAAAAAUUGAAAAAUGAGCAGCGUUCAGAAGCAACUAAUGAUGUUUCAAUUUAUUCUUUGAAUGCGGGUUCAAAAGUCAAAGCUCAUGACCUUAUAAAAAGUUUAAAAGAAACAGUGAACGUUAAUUUAUUGAAAAAAGGUCUCUCCAAAGUUGAGAACUCAAAUACCCAAUUAGCCCCCUUGUUACCGAAAGUGGCUGCAGACAGGGUGGAGAGAGAUGCAGCGUAUGAUCAGACGUCGGAAAAAGUUUCUCGGUGGGACAACAUUGUGAAACGAAAUCGCAACUCAGAACAAUUAUCAUUCCCGCUCAAGCAUGAAAAUUUACAUCUUAACACCGUUGACGAUUUUGUUCAGAAGUUCAAACCAAAAACUCCAUUGGAACAACAGAUAUAUGCUUUGUUAAAGGGUAACAAAUACGAAGAGAGAUCGGAAAACGGACUUUCUGUUGCAGAGGAAAAAGCAUUGAAAUCAAUCGGAAUUCAGGAAGCCCGUCGUAGACGUGCGGAACUACAAAAACAUCGAGCGCUACUCUCAUACCAUGAGGCUAAGAAUAGAAGAUUGGGAAAAAUAAAAAGCAGAAGGCAUUUGAGGAUAAUUCGGAAACAGAAGGAAAAAAAAUCAGUAACAGAAUUUGAAGAACUUCAAAGAAAAGAUCCUGAAAAAGCAGCUGAAAAACUGAAAUACGCUGAAAAAACGAGAGCAGAAGAAAGAGCCGUUUUGAGGCAUAGACAAGGCAGCAAAUGGGCAAAGAACCGAAUGUUGAUGGCGAAGUACGAUGAAAUGACCAAAGUACAACUCGGGGAUCAAAGAAAGCUUCAUUCAGAGCUCGUCCAGAAGAAUUUGACAAAGAUUGAGGAUUCUGAUGAGGAGGGGGAAGAAAAUGAAAAAAAUAAUGAUCUGAGCACUCUUGUAUCACCGACAGCAUCAAUGCAGACAAUAUAUUUGCCAAAAGAUAAUCCGUGGUUGAGACAAGGAAAGGCAGAGAAACUGAAUGAUGAGAACAAUAAUGAUGAGGGGAGUAAGGGCGCAGAGGACCUUUCACCUAGAAAUAGAUUAUAUACAAAGAGUAAAUCUGCUAUUCUAGGAUUAGAAAAGGUGACUAAGCAAAAACAAGAAUCUGAUAAUGACUCAUCAGAAAAUGAGGAAGAAGAAUUAAAGGAAGAGUUAAAAGAAAUCAAAAGCAGAAAGAAGUUGAAGAAAAUGUUGAAAGAAGAUUCUGAUGAGGAGGAUUCAAACAUGGAACAGGACAACAAAGUUAUCCAAGAAGAGAGCAUUAAAAAUUUCAAAGCGGCUCUAAAAAAUUUACGAAAAGCCGACGAAAAAACCACAAAAGAAUCCGAAGACGAGGAAGAGAGUGAAGAACACAUGGGGGAGCCAGAGGGACUUGAUAUUACGACAGAUAGACGAAAAACUUUACAGGAUUUGGAACAAGUUUUAAGAAAUGAAAACAAGAUUGAGACACUUUCGGAAUUACAUAAAGCCAAAAGUUUGUCAAAAACUGAUAAAAAAGGGAAAAAUCACCCAAAAUUAGAUUACAUCGACCCGAAUAAGGUAUUCACGAUCCCAACUGAAAAUAUAUUCUCAGAAGAACCUACUUUAGUGCAAAACCAUGAUGAAGAGGGGGAUUCCCCAGUCGGGGAGGAUAAAAAUAGAAUGACGAUUCAAGAGGCUUUUGCUGAUGAUGACGUAAUGGCAGAAUUCAUUUCUGAAAAACGAAAAAUGGUUGCGGACUCGAGACCGAAAGUGGAAGAUUCAACACUACCAGGAUGGGGGGAGUGGGGGGGCGUCGGAUUAAAACCCUCAAAAAGAAGACGAAAGAAGUUUUUUAUAAAACCAUGUCCUCCCCCACCGCGAAAGGACCAACAUCUUGGGCCUGUAAUUAUCAAUGAGAAAAGAAACGUCUACAUUGCCAAACAUCAGAUUAAUCAGAUACCGCAUCCAUUCACGAGUGAUGAGCAGUACGAGAGAUCCAUACGGCAACCAUUAGGUAAAACAUGGAAUACAGCUUCAACAUUUAGGAAGCUGACUGAACCCAAGGUCAAGACAGUGAUGGGUGCCAUAAUCAAUCCGAUGGACGAGGAUGACGCAUUCGAUGACACGAAACCCCAGCAAAGAAAACGAGUCAUGCAUGACGACGGAAAUAUUGGAUUUGAUGACGUCGUCGAUACAAGUGUGAAAAAAAGAAGGCAGCGUAGAAAAGGAAAUAAAAAACAUAAAAAAUGAUUUUGGGAAUAAAAAGGUUGAGACAAUUGAA